AUGAUCGGAAAUGGUAACCGGAUAGCAGAGGUGCGAAGAGACGAGUUCAUUCACCUUGAAAGAACUAGCUACGAGGGCAGAAUCCCAGGAACCCGAGCCCUUAACAUUAUGCUCUCCAAAUGGGCCGCAUGGAAUGAUUACCAUCAAGCUAUUCAGGAGCGUGACAAGCCACCAGAGCAAACAGAAUUUCCUGGACCCAUGGCCCUACCUACUCCUGGAUAUCCGCACUCUUCAGAGGCGACUGAUAUGCAGGUUCCGAGCGUAGAGUUUCUUGACAGCAUCGGGAUUUCCUCGACCGAAUUCUUCUGUAUUGUUGAUCAGAUCAGUAAUCCGGGAGUACCAUACAGCAUUUUGGAUUAUGGGAGUCAAAAUAAAGUGGGAAGUUGA